AUGAGGUGGUACAAGUCACCACAAAGCGUUUUAAACAAACAAAAGAUGAUAAAUGUCGGUGAUAAAGAAACUUUAGUCGAUUGCUUACCACCCGUGAAUGCCAGAAGUGUUCAAAUUGAGUCAGAAGAAAAUAUUUGGUUCCUUACAUUGCUGCCUGAAGGAAAAAGAGUUAUUGUCUUUGAGUUGUUUGCUCAGCAUCAUAUCAAGGUUGCAGUUAGCUAA